AGGCGAUCCUUGCGCUCCUUCGCAUCGACUUGAUCCUGAAUCCCCGCCAUGCCCAACCCUCGCUGCUUCUUGGACAUCUCUAUCGGCAACGUCUCUGCCGGGAGAAUCGUCGUCGAGCUCUAUGCUGACGUCGUGCCCAAAACGGCAGAGAACUUCAGGGUCCUCUGUCGAGGCGACUCGGCAAAGCGGGCCAGCAACGGACAGCCCCUGCACUACAAGGGCAGUGGCUUCCAUAGAGUCAUCAAAAACUUUAUGAUCCAGGGCGGCGACUUCACCAACCACAAUGGAACCGGCGGCGAAUCGAUCUACGGCGAAAAGUUCCAGGACGAAAACUUCCAGCUCAAGCACACCAAGCCCGGUCUUCUCUCCAUGGCCAAUGCCGGUACCAACACCAAUGGAAGCCAGUUCUUCAUCACCACCGUUCCAACUCCUCAUCUGAACGACAAGCAUGUCGUCUUUGGUCAAGUCGUAAAGGGCAUGAAUAUUGUUCGCCGAAUCGAGCAUCUGCCCACCUCCAACGACCGCCCCAACGAUCCUGUCAGCAUCGUGAACUGCGGUGAGCUGGCCGAGGGCGAGGACGACGGCAUUCCGGCCCCAGUCGAUGGGGAUAUCUAUGAAGACUACCCAGAGGACCACCCGGGCGACCAUCCCGUCGAGGAAAUGGUCAACAUCGCGGGCGAACUCAAGACCGUCGGUACGACGCACUUCAAGAAGGGCGAUUUCAAGGAGGCUGCUGAGAAAUAUCUCAAAUCUGUGCGAUAUCUCAACGAUCUGCACCCGGCUCCCCAGGAAGCCAACGAUCAGGACUUUCCUGCAGAACAAAAGAAGCUGUAUUUCCAGCUUAAGGUUUCAUGCCUGCUAAACGCCGCGAUGUGCUAUCUGAAGGUCAGCAACUGGGCUGGCGCUAUCGACGCCUCAAGCAAGGUCCUUAACCUGGCCAGUGCCCUCGCCAGCCACGCCGAACUUGCGUUGACUCCGUCAGAUGUUUGUAAGGCCCGCUUCCGUCGCGGACAGGGCCGUGUCAAGAACGGCGAGCCGGAUCUGGCCCUUGAGGACUUUGCCGAAGCCAACAAGCUGUCGCCCGACGACAAGCUGAUUGAGCGUGAGCUGAAGAUGGUCCAGAAGUUCCUGAAGGAGCGUGAUGAGAAGCAGAAGCGAGCCUAUGCCAAAAUGUUUGCUUGAGCGAGACCAAGAUCUCCUUUUAGGCUGGCGAUCCCAACACCACCAAAAUACAUGAUCUCUCGUUGCCGCA